ACCUGUUGUACACGUGUAGAUUCAUUUUAACGUGUACUUCCAUGAAAUCCCCUCCCAGUCUGAGCAGCUCACUGCCAUAGCUCUACGAACUUUCAUGAAUCACCAACUUCCACUUCCCAUUUUCAGGAAUCACCGAUUCUCGAAUCUGUCUCGAUAACUAUUCACCAAUCUCUGUUACAUAAUUUGAAGAAACGGGAGAAAAGGAUUCAUGAGAUGGAUUCUUUGAUUCAAUUUUUCCAACUUUUCCCAUCCAACUCCACCUCCGCAGCUGCGGGGGGAGCUCAGAUGAUCGAGCCCAAACUCGAGCCGCUUGAUGAAUUCACCCAAGCCGACCUUCAAACCCCAGCGAUCUUUCCAAACCCUAGCCCCAGUGGCUCUAAUGUCAAAUCGAGCUUCAGUUCUGCUUUCAGUCCUAGCAGCCCCCAGGAUUUCAAUGCCAGUGACGUCUUCCAAUCCUCAAAGGACGCAAAUGUGUUUUCGGAAUUCAGUCGAAUUUCUGAUAUGUUUCUGGGUGCUUUUGCUAAGAAGAUGCAGCCAUACGGGGACGUGGAGGCUGUGGAGGAUCCAGAUUCUAGAGCUAUUGUGCCCGUAAAUGGGGAUGCACAGUCAUCUAGUUUGGUCAUUUCGAAGAAGAAGUAUCAGCAGAGGUCGUCUGAGCUGGUCAGAGUGACGGAUCUCAAACCUGAGGAUGAAAGGUAUUUCCGGGAUGUGGUUAGGAGGACCCGGAUGCUUUAUGAUUCUAUACGUGUUCUGUCUAUCCUCGACGAUGAGAAGAAACAUCAGUUGGACCCUCAAAAAUCCAUAGGAGAACUGGACGCCUCACAAUUGGCUAGAGAGAAGGUUGAUAUUAACCUGCAAUAUGAACGUCACAGGAAACGAAGAGGGGACUUGAAGGCGUCGCAGUUGAUGAGGGAGAAAGGGCUCUGGUUGAAUCGUGAUAAGCGUAUUGUGGGUAACAUACCUGGUGUGCUCAUAGGUGAUUUGUUCUUUUUCCGGAUGGAAAUGUGCGUGGUUGGGUUGCAUGGGCAGCCUCAAGCUGGAAUUGACUAUGUUCCCGCUAGUCAGAGCUCAAACAAAGAGCCAAUUGCCACUAGCAUCAUAGUUUCUGGGGGGUAUGAGGACGAUGAGGAUGCAGGGGAUGUGCUGGUCUAUACUGGGCAUGGUGGACAGGACAAGUUCUCCCGGCAGUGCACGAAUCAGAAACUUGAAGGUGGGAAUUUGGCGUUGGAGAGAAGCAUGCACUAUGGGAUUGAGGUUAGGGUGGUUCGUGGCUUUAGAUAUGCUGGUAGUGCUAGUGGUAAAGUCUAUGUUUAUGAUGGUUUAUAUAGGAUCAUUGAUUAUUGGCCUGCUGUGGGUAAGUCUGGUUUUCUUGUGUUAAAGUUUAAACUUUCUAGGAUUGAGAAUCAACCCGAAUUGGGAAGUUCUGUUCUGAGGUUUGCACAGACUCUCAGAACACAGCCACUGGUUGCGAGGCCAACAGGGUAUGUAAGCCUUGAUAUAUCAAAGAAGAAAGAGAACACGCCCGUUUUCUUGUACAAUGACAUAGAUGCCGAUCAAGAGCCUGUGUAUUACGACUAUCUGCCAAAAUCCAUUUUCCCUCAGCAUGUCUAUCAUCAUGUGGGAAACGGUACAGGCUGCGAUUGCGUCACUGGAUGUUUUGGCAAUUGCUUCUGCAUGAUGAGGAACGGCGGUGAGUUUGCAUAUGAUCAAAAUGGUUUAUUACUGAGGGGGAAACCUGUAAUUUUUGAAUGUGGCCCGCAUUGUCAGUGUCCUCCAAGUUGUAGGAACCGAGUCAGUCAAAAUGGUGCGAGAAAGAGGUUUGAAGUGUUUCGGUCAAGGGAGACUGGUUGGGGAGUUAGAUCAUUGGAUCUUAUCCAGUCUGGCUCCUUUAUUUGUGAAUAUGCCGGUGUUGUCCUAACCAUGGAGCAAGCCCAAAUUUUCAAAAUGAAUGGUGAUAGUUUAGUAUACCCAAGUCGUUUCGUGGAGAGAUGGUCUGAAUGGGGAGAUUUGUCUCAAAUAUAUGAUGACUAUGUACGCCCGGAUCGUCCUUCAAUCCCGCCAUUGGAUUUUGCAAUGGAUGUAUCCAGAUUGAGGAAUGUAGCCUGUUACAUGAGCCACAGCUCAAGUCCAAAUGUUCUUGUUCAGCUGGUACUUUAUGAUCAUAGCAAUGUCUGCUUCCCUCACCUUAUGCUGUUUGCAAUGGAGAACAUACCUCCACUAAGGGAGCUGAGUAUUGAUUACGGGGUUGCUGAUGAGUGGACUGGGAAGCUUGCUAUCUGCAACUGACUAACUUGAACGAGUUUGUGCUGUUUUGAGCAUGAUGCACAGCAGGUGUAUUGUCUCAUUAUGUUUGCAGAUGAGAAGGGAUGUGAUGGCUGAAAUUUUGGUGACUGCAUACAUAAUUGUGCACUGUACAACACUUUGUCUUAACCGCUCGACGCUUAAAUACACUUAACGUAAUUAUUAUUCUGACUAUGCAGGUAUUACUGAUGCCUUCAAGAAACAUGUCUCGUGAUUCUCUAGAAAAGGGGACCUUUUGAACUAGUCUCGUAUAUAUAUAUGGGUAUAUAGAUAUGUAGAUGGUAGGAUUUGCUUAAGGUUAUGUACAUAAAUUGUAUGCAACUACUCUGUCAUAAGCAGGAUAAAACUUUUAAUGUCCU